CACCACAGCCACUAGAUGGCGCCAGGGUGCAUUACAAAAAAAGCUUGAGUUUCUCUUCAGAGUUUACGAUGUGCACCUGAAUGCACCACAACCACUAGAUGGCGCCAGGGUGCAUUACAAAAAAAAGCUUGAGUUUCCCUUCAGAGUUUACGAUGUGCACCUGAAUGCACCACAGCCACUAGAUGGCGCCAGGGUGCAUUACAAAAAAAAGCUUGAGUUUCUCCUCAGAGUUUACGAUGUGCACCUGAAUGCACCACAGCCCCUGUCGGCGCCUGGUUGAAAUUACAUAUCAAUUCAUGGUAAAGGUAAAUGUUCUCAAGCCAGUGUCUCCCAUGGAUGUAUAAAGAGGAUUUGUCUUCGGAGAAGCAGGAGGGUUUUCCAUUUUUGUUGUUGUUUCUAUGGAAGUUGUCUGGAAAGGUGCAGCUGCGGGCUACAGUUGAGUGUAAUGAGGAGUCCAAGCUGAUCAAGGACUUGUUCUCGGGCUACAACAAGAAUAUUCGUCCGGUGGUUCAUCCUGAAGACAAGCUGGAUAUUCAGAUCAAGCUGACCCUCACGAACCUGAUCUCCCUGAAUGAAAAGGAGGAGACUCUUACGACCAACGUGUGGAUUGAGAUUCAAUGGACUGAUUAUCGCCUUUCCUGGAACGUAUCUAAGUAUUAUGGCAUUGAUAUUAUCCGUGUCCCGUGCAGCACAGUUUGGCUUCCUGACAUUGUCCUCGAGAACAACAUUGACGGCAAAUUUGACGUGGCUUACUACGCCAACGUGUUGAUCGACAGUAGCGGCUGGAUGUACUGGCUGCCUCCAGCUAUCUAUCGCAGCACUUGUGCCAUCGAGAUAACCUACUUUCCAUUCGAUUAUCAAAACUGCACGCUAGUAUUCAGAUCCCAGACGUACAGUGCCAACGAAGUGGACCUCAUCUUGGCGGUUGCAGAAACGGGCGAGACGAUUGAGUGGGUGGACAUCGACCCCGAGGCCUUCACAGAGAAUGGCGAGUGGGCCAUUGUCCAUCGUCCAGCCAGGAAAGUCAUCAACAAACGGUAUUCACCAGAUGACCUGGAAUAUCAGGAGAUCAUGUUCAAUCUGGUCAUCCAAAGGAAACCCCUCUUCUACAUCAUCAACGUCAUCCUGCCCUGCUCCCUCAUCUCCUCGCUGGUCGUGCUGGCUUACUUCCUACCUGCACAGGCCGGGGGACAGAAGUUGACUGUGGCCAUCUCCGUCUUGCUGGCUCAGACUGUCUUCCUGUUUCUUAUUGCUCAGAAGGUCCCGGAGACGUCUCUCUCUGUCCCUCUUAUUGGCAAGUACCUGAUCUUCGUCAUGUCUGUCACUACUCUUAUUGCCACCAAUCAGAUUGUGGUGCUGAACUUCUCCCUCCGCAGCCCGAGCACUCAUACCAUGUCCUACACCAUCAAACAUCUGUUCCUGGAAAUGGUGCCGCGCUUCCUGGGCAUGUCCCCGCUGGUGGACGACAGCGAGGGGAUGGCCGAGAUGAACGGCGUGAGGGAGCGGCGGCGAAGCUCCUUCGGCCUCAUGCAGAGAGCGGAGGAGUAUGUACUGAAACAACCUCGCAGUGAAAUGAUGUUUGACAAGCAAAGAGAGAGGCACGGUCUCACACGGACCAUUGUGGAUACGAUGGAUGUCAGCAGCACAGCCAACCUGUAUAAGAGUUUGGCCCAGGCUGCACCCGAGAUCAAGCAAUGUGUGGACGCCUGCAACUUCAUCGCUGAGAGCACGAGACAACAGAAUAACAUUGGAUCUGAAAUUGAAAGCUGGGUGCUGAUUGGUAAAAUGAUCGACAAAGUGUGUUUCUGGGCGGCCAUUCUACUCUUCAUCGUCGGCACAGUGGGAAUCUUCUUACAAGGACAUUUCAACCGGGCGCCUGAAUUUCCAUUUCCGGGGCAGAACAAAAAAUAUGUCCCGAGUUAAAUACAGCAGUAAAAUCUUUUUACUGUUGUGAACCUUUGCAAGGGUCAGUGUGCCUGGUGCUGUCUGUAAGGCUGAGUGAUGCUCCUCACUGAGGCUCAGGCUGACUUAGCAGGACGUUAUUAACAAACCUGUCCCUGUUCAUGUUCACAGCUCAGACUCAUCAGGCAGCUGAAGCUUUUCAUUCAGACUUACAACUCGCUCUUUAUCUUAGUGUAAGUUCUUUGGAUGUAUGCAUUAAAUGGGUUGAGUGGGUCUAGUUUUUAAUAAUCAUCAUCAUCAUCAUUAUCAAGUAAAAUUAUUAUUUGUUUUGUGAUAUAAAAGACUCAACAGUGUGAGUUUAACCCUCUGAACCCCAACAAGCCGUUUUCAGGGCUUUUUUGUUGUUGCUCUUUUUACAUUUACUCACUGAGAGCUUGUAUUUCUCUGCAGUA